AUGAUGCAGGAAUCUGCGACAGAGACAAUAAGCAACAGUUCAAUGAAUCAAAAUGGAAUGAGCACUCUAAGCAGCCAAUUAGAUGCUGGCAGCAGAGAUGGAAGAUCAAGUGGUGACACGGGCACUGAAGUAAGCACAGUAGAACUGCUUCAUCUGCAACAACAGCAGGCAUUGCAGGCAGCCAGGCAGCUGCUUCUACAACAACAGACAAGUGGGCUGAAAUCUCCUAAAAAUAGUGAUAAACAAAGACCACUUCAGGUGCCUGUGUCAGUGGCCAUGAUGACUCCUCAAGUGAUCACUCCUCAGCAAAUGCAACAGAUUCUUCAACAACAAGUUUUGUCUCCUCAGCAGCUUCAAGCACUUCUUCAACAGCAGCAAGCAGUUAUGUUGCAGCAGCAACAACUUCAAGAGUUUUACAAGAAACAGCAAGAGCAGUUACAUCUUCAGCUUUUGCAGCAGCAGCAACAACAACAACAGCAGCAGCAGCAGCAACAACAACAACAGCAGCAGCAGCAGCAACAACAACAGCAACAACAGCAACAGCAGCAGCAGCAGCAGCAGCACCCAGGAAAGCAAGCAAAAGAGCAGCAGCAGCAGCAACAGCAGUUGGCAGCCCAGCAGCUUGUCUUCCAGCAGCAGCUCCUCCAAAUGCAACAACUUCAACAGCAGCAACAUCUGCUGAAUCUUCAACGUCAGGGACUCAUUUCCAUUCCUCCUGGCCAGCCCGCCCUUCCUGUCCAAUCGCUGCCACAAGCUGGCUUAAGUCCUGCUGAGAUUCAGCAGUUAUGGAAAGAAGUUACUGGAGUUCACAGUAUGGAAGACAAUGGCAUUAAGCAUGGAGGGCUAGACCUCACUACUAACAAUUCUUCUUCUACUACCUCCUCUACCACUUCCAAAGCAUCGCCACCAAUAAUUCAUCAGUCCAUAGUGAAUGGACAGUCAUCAGUUUUAAAUGCAAGACGAGACAGCUCAUCACACGAGGAGGCUGGAGCCUCUCAUACUCUCUAUGGCCAUGGAGUUUGCAAAUGGCCUGGAUGUGAAAGUAUUUGUGAAGAUUUUGGACAGUUUUUAAAGCACCUUAAUAAUGAACAUGCAUUGGAUGACCGAAGCACUGCUCAGUGUCGGGUGCAAAUGCAGGUGGUCCAACAAUUAGAAAUACAGCUUUCUAAAGAACGCGAACGUCUUCAGGCAAUGAUGACCCACUUGCACAUGCGACCUUCAGAGCCCAAGCCAUCUCCAAAACCUUUAAAUCUGGUGUCCACUGUCACCAUGUCAAAGAACAUAUUGGAAACAUCUCCUCAGAGUUUACCUCAAACACCUACUACUCCAACAGCCCCAAUUACUCCAAUUACCCAGGGACCCUCAGUCAUCACCCCUGCCAGCAUACCCAGCGUGGGAGCCAUUCGAAGGCGACAUUCAGAUAAAUACAACAUUCCCAUGUCAUCAGAAAUUGCCCCAAACUAUGAGUUUUAUAAAAAUGCAGAUGUCAGACCUCCGUUUACAUAUGCAACUCUCAUAAGGCAGGCUAUCAUGGAAUCAAGUGACAGGCAGUUAACACUCAAUGAAAUUUAUAGCUGGUUUACACGGACAUUUGCUUAUUUCAGGCGCAAUGCAGCCACUUGGAAGAAUGCAGUACGGCAUAAUCUUAGCCUGCACAAGUGUUUUGUUCGAGUAGAAAAUGUUAAAGGAGCAGUAUGGACAGUGGAUGAAGUAGAGUAUCAGAAGAGAAGGUCACAAAAGAUAACAGGAAGCCCACCAUUAGUGAAAAACAUACCCACCAGUUUAGGCUAUGGAGCAGCACUUAAUGCAAGCUUACAGGCUGCAUUGGCAGAAAGUAGUUUACCUUUGCUUGGUAAUCCUGGAUUAAUAAACAACGCAUCCAGUGGUUUACUACAAGCAGUCCAUGAAGAUCUCAACGGUUCCUUGGAGCACAUUGACAGCAAUGGAAAUAGCAGUCCAGGCUGUUCUCCACAGCCUCACAUACACUCAAUCCAUGUCAAAGAAGAGCCAGUGACUGCUGAGGAUGAAGACUGUCCAAUGUCUCUAGUGACAACAGCGAAUCACAGUCCAGAAUUGGAAGAUGAUAGAGAAAUCGAAGAAGAGCCUUUAUCUGAAGAUCUGGAAUGAACAGAGACUUGGGAAACCUCAAAAUGAAGGGACAUAACACUGACCUUCCCAACUACUCCAUAACCAUGAAUAUUUGACAGAUUUUUACUGUGACUAUUUAUUAAGCAUGGAUAAAGGAGAAACAAUCCUAAAGGAACUCAUUAAGCCAGCCCUUUGGGAAUCCAAUUACAAGCAGGCAAAUAGCUUGUGGUGUUUUUUUUUUUGUUUUGUUUUUUUUUUUCCUUUCUUUUUUAAAGAUAAACUGAUUUUCUUGAAAAACAAAACUGUUUAUAUAUAACGGCUUGCCCAUUUAAAAAAAUGUGGCUAACAAGGGUUCAUGACAUGACUGAAUAUGAGGAUACAUGUUCUAUAGAAAGCAAAUGGGCCUCAUAUACUGCCAAAAAUAGUGUUAGUUUCAUAAUGUGAAAAUUCCAGCAUACAGUAGUUGUAAUAAUGUUAGAAACAAUUGCUGGUCAAGUUCAACUUGUUGCUAUUGUUUUUAAUUUGCACAGGAGUAGUAUCAGAAAUUAGUAUCACUGCUUGUAUCUAGCUGAAUUUUAAACUGCAGAACGUUAGUUUUUUUUUUUUUUAUGUUGGUGCCACCAACUGUAAAUGACAUAAGUUAGUUCUAACAAACCACAGUAAUUAGACUGUUGCGACCAUCUAAAAAUCUAAGCUUCCAGUCUGUGCUGUUAGUGUUAAGAUGUAAAGUGCAAUCCUAAGCUAACAUUGUCUCUGCAAGCACCAUAGAAACAUUUGCAUAUCUGCAUAUAUCUUACAACUGUACUCUUUACCUCCUUGUGAUAAAGCUUUGUCUACCUGCAAACACAGUCAAAGGCUACAGCUGCAAACCAAAGGCUACUCUAACAAUGGCCAAUAGCUCAAUGACAGAAGCAGCCACAGGCUUUGGUCAGCCUUCUGUAACUUUAAUUAGUACAAAGGAACUUUUCCAUGAACUACCUGCUGUUUUCUGAAGACCUCUGGGAUCUUUUCAUUUAGCCCUAGACCAAGAAAUAAAUAUGGGGGGGAAAAGUCACAUUUUGUCAGAGUGUAAUCUUCUGAGGCCAAAAGUCAACCUCAAUGCAGUGAAGAUUUGUUUUUAUUUUAAAACAGAGGUGAGAAUGAAGUUUGUGCAGAAGUUAACAAUAGAAAGCAACCAACAUGGGAUCACUGACCAAAAUGAUGUACUUGAUGCAAAUGCAGAUUGUGUAGUGUUAUGUAAAAUAUGUUUUUUUAAUUAUGUUUCCUCUCCAUUCAGACUGGUUUCCCCCGUCCCCACUCCCCAUUCCCUGUGAUGAAUACAUGUUGUUGGAAGAAGUCUCGUAUGGUCUUAAACUUCGUUGUGUGCUACUUUUUAUAGUCUUAAGUUAUAAAUGACAAAAAAGUAGGAACCAAACAAAAAAAAGGUCUAGUAAAGCCAAAAAUUAAUUUCAUAUUGAUUUAAAGUAAUCUAGGUGAGUUUUUACAAUGAAAGCAAAGAUUAUAGCAAUUGUAGUCCAUGGUAUUUAUUUUCAGUCAAACCAAAGUUACAUAAAAUUCUGCCUCUGUUAAUACGGGAUACUAACACUAACAAUACACUCCCUUUGGAAGACUUGCACAGGCCAAAUUGUUGGAAUGCUGUUUUUCCUUCUCCUGUUUUUCUCCCCUUUUUCCUCCUCCUCCCCCCUUCCCCUCCCCCUCUAUCCCUCCAAACCCCAAAUUACAAUGGUACAAUAAUGGUGUAUUUGACACUAGUAUAGUCUAAUGUUCGCUUAUAUCCUACAAACUUUACAUGUUGCUUUUCAUGUGCUGUGCCAAGUCUUGAUAAUACUUCCCCUUCCCCCCAACCAAGGGACCUCAUAACCUGAUUAUGGUUAUUGCUUUACAAACCAUUUUUUUCCACAGAAGGUGGCUGCUAGAGCUUAACAUAAGUACCAGUUCCAUGUGAUGGGCCUGGGUCUUGCAAACUAAGCUCAUUGUAUUUUUUGCUGAAAUCAGCAAAUAGACUUAAAGAGAAACACAGUCAUCUAUCACGCCAAAUAAAAGGACAAAAUGGCUUUCGAAAGGGUUUUCCCACUUGCCCAAAAGACUUUUUGAAAGCUUCUACCUCUGCAAAAGAAAAAAACAAACAAAAAGAAAUUAGAACAAUUAUGGCAGAUUGCAUGAAUUGUGAGAUCAUCACAGUAACUGCUAUUUUUCAUUACAUUUGUCUUUGGGUCAUGAUAACAAAAGUUUUAAAGUAGUGACAUCAAAAGAAAGCUUAACAUGUGAAUGAGGGUUUUCCCCAUGUCAUCUGGGAUCCCUGAUAUGUGGAUGACUGAAAGGAACUGAUAUUUCUUUCAAUUGCAUGUUCAAAGACUUUGAUGGACUGGAAGUUACAGUGAUAAUUGGACCAUCAAGAAGGUGGCCUAAGACUACAAUGCUAAAGUAUGCAUACCUCAGUUACAAACCUUUUUGAAAGGAAGUCUCAGCCACAGAAUGCAUAUACCUGUAGAGUUUUGCAUGGGUUUUAUAUAAAUACAGUUUAAAGGAAAAAAUAGCUGCUUGCACAUUAUACCAGAAAAACCUCCAAAACUGCAAUUGCUUUGAAAAAUAGACUUUAGGUUUUUUGGAGUUUUCUGAGAUGCUUGGUCUGUAUUUUGAUAAUUGUGCAUAUUAUGUAAAAAUGUUGGUGGACCCAUAAAUGACCAGACUUUUUCUAAGAAAAAUGUUGCUUUAAUGCAUUUCAUGAAUUUUUACUCUGAUAUCAUUGCUUGCUAGUAAUAGCAAACCUGCUUUUCUGCAUCUGCUUUGCGUAGCUAUUGUAAGGCUUUGAACUAAUGUAUGUAUUUAUUGCUUGAACUUCUGUGCAUACCUUAUAAAGCAUAAUGUCUGACAAUUUAAAUGGCUCAUGUAUUCUUGCUUCUAACAUAAACUGAUAAUGAGGACUAUGAUCUUUUGUAUACAGCAGAUUUUAACUGUAGCACAACAUCUGUUUAUGUAUUGGUGGAAUAUACCUGUUUUAUUUAUCUUUUUUGAGGUAAACUAAUUUUUGAUACUUUUCAUUACUGUGUACUGUGUUCAUAUCUUGAAUUCUCUGACGUUAGAAGUCAUGGUUGAGAAUUGUAACAGCUGUUGUUCAUUCUGUAUUCAUGGCUCUCACUGCUGAAUAAAAUAAAGGACCAAAUUUAGGAUUUGAAAGAAAACUGUCUACCUCUAACACCAGGGAGUUACCAGAUUUUAUUUUACAUAGUUUUAGUCUACAAAGACAAAUUGCUUAAACCUAAUGGACUUAAAGCUUAUGUUCUAUAUUGUUGAAUUCAUGACAGUUGUACUGUUUCAAAAUCAAUUAAAAUGUCAUUUGAAUAUUAUAAGCAUUAGGUAGUGCUAACUGAGUUUUCUUUUGAUGACUCAGAUAUGAGAAAAUGAUCAUCAGCAUUCUGUGUUUACAGUUCUUUAAUUUCAGAAAAUGUGAUUUGGGUUGGGUUUUUUUGUUUGUUUGUUUGUUUUGUAAUGAAGGAAUUAAAGCCUACCCAGCUAGGAGUACAGCAAAUAAUGUUUAUUUUUGAGGAAAAAAAGAUGAAGGAUUUGACUGUCCUGAUCAAAUUUCAAGGUACCAUGGUUUGUUUCUCUCAGAUUCCUCAAAUUGGACAUUCACUUUUGGAUAUUCUCCUUCAGAAUUUAGCUAAUGCAUUCCAAUACUGGGUUACAUUUUUAAAGAUUAGAGUAAUUACUGCUUAUAAAACCUUCCCUUGUUAUUUCAAAAGUGCAAAUCACAAUGGAUUUUGUCCAUAAA